AUGGUUGGUCGUUCCAAGUCAGAUGCCCUUGCGAAAAUCACCAAAAGAAGGCGCUAUAACAUUUUAGAUGCCAGUGAUAUUGACAAUGAUGAAUUACCACAACCACAAGAUGAUCAAAGAUCAGGUGACACAGUCUGUCCAGCAAAUUUUAAAGAAACAAACGUUCAACAUGUUCAGUGCUAUUCCACAAUGUCCCAGACAACAUAUGAUGUAGUUAAGCGACGCCAUGUAAAACUACAAACAGAAAUAAACAUUUUAUCUCCUCCUGAUGUGGAAAAGGUUUCUACAGGAACUCAGACUGAAGAGAGAAUAUCUGAAUAUCUUGACAACAGCUUCCUGACAUCCACAGAUGAAGGGGAUGACAAUGACACAGACUCAGACUGGGUUCCGGAAAGUGAGAAUGAGGAGCACGAUUCUGAACAAGACAUUAACCCUGCUAAGGAAAGAAAGUUUAUAGUUUUUGAAUCCUGCUUAGAUCAAUUAUUUACAUCUUGCUACAAUUGGAUGCCAAUGUACAUUAAGAAAGACUAUCAUAGGCUCAUACAUUAG